GAAUGGCCACAAAUAGGUAGGUGGAUCAUUCUUGAGUGCAAACAUUAUUAGAGUUUUGGAUCAAUCUUGCUUUGAUUCAGCAUCUAAAUGGCUAACUGUGAAUCAUGGGUGAGUUCAAGUUCUGGAGAGCAGUUUCGGUUAGUUGAUCUGAAACUUCCCAGAUUGAAUGACGAGGAAAUCAAAAUUCAAGUGGAGCAAACCCAUGCAAAACAUUACUCAUUGGUGCUGCGUCAACCGCUUCUCGUCUCCAUUUCUCAUAUCCUGGAGCCUGUAACCAAUUUUGUUGAUUCAAUAUUGCUGGACAACAAAGUAUCCAAAAAUGAGACUGAGUUAGAGACCAAUAAUCUUUUAGAGCUUAACUCAACAUUUUCAGACUUGAAUGCAUUGGUAGGUGGUAGAUGUUUCAGCGCUCACACUCUUCUUCUGGAUAGGGCCCGUAGAAUUGUUGGGUCAGAAGCCUCUAUUCUGCAAGAGUUUUCAACCAUAUCUGAGCUCAAAACAUUGGCAAGACAUGAUUAUUUCAUGAUUCCUACUCUCAUGAUGGAAAAGACUGCAAACAAUGCUGUGCAGAUGUCUGAUGAGAUUAAUGUUCAUAUGGCGUCAAUGGAUUUACUUAAAUUCUUAUCGAACUUAUCAUGGGAUGCAAAGGCAGUAAAUACCAUGGGUUGUUUCGUUUUCAAAUUUCUGGAGUUCUUGGGGUUCUUGCUUCAUGGUACUAACCAACCAAUAACUGAUUUAGCCUCAUCAAUGGCAGCCUUAAAGGAAAACCAUAUUUCUCUUGUGGGCUCCCCACUUGAGAAAUUUCAAGUACCACUUGACCAGCUUAACAAUCUCAUCAAGCUCAUAUUAGAAGUGAUUGAAUACAUCUCUAAAUUUACAUUGUUGGCAGACACAGAGUACAACAAAGAAGACCUCUUAUCAAUGAGUGCACAUUGGGCAAUUCUAAGUGUGGUAGUUUGCUACGUUCAAAUCACUUUGCUCAUGCACAAUGGGAAAGUGGCAUUGGAGGCAUCCCACUUAAUAUCCAAUCUUAGCCACAUUCUGAAUGGCCUCAAGCAUCACUAUACAAUUUGCAAACCACUAAUAGAUGAAAUGGAGGCUCAUUUGAAGCACAUUGCACUUUUUGAAGAUGCUUUUAGCAAUAAAAAACAAAUAUCUGACACACCUACUGAAAUGCCAGAGUUAAUGAAGAGCUUCAUGCAUUCUAAAGAUGGUUGUCAUUUAUUCAUUAAUGGUUCAACUAAGUCUAUGGUUGAUUUAGAGGUGCUACAAGAGAAAGCUGUCAUAUUCUUUAUUUCUGACCUAAAUAUAGACACUAGGAAGAUUUCAUAUUUUCUAAACAUUUACGAGAAAAUAAAAGAAGAAAAUUAUUACAAAAUUGUGUGGGUUCCAUUUGUGUUGAAAUGGACAGAAGAUUUGAGACAAAAAUUUGAAAAGUUAAAAUCAAAGAUGCCAUGGUACAUUGUGCGCUAUGACUCACCAAUUACAGGUGUCUGGUACAUCAAGGGACGACCGUCCUUUUUCAAAGGCAAAGAGUCAUGCGUUAUAAUUGAUCUGCAACAUGGAAACCAGUACCAAGAUCUAUGUCGAGAUUGCUUUGGCUAUUAUCUUGAGCUUGUAGAAGCUGAGCACUUUCCCUUCAAACGCUUAUCCAUUAAAGGAUGUUAUCGAUUUUUUUUUUCCGGGCGAUCAACUCUUCCUUAUCUGUAUCCAGAACGACAUGAAGAGGAUGUGAAUCAAGCGAAGCCUCCUAGUGGGUUCCAAGGUUUGCUUAACAAGUGUACAAGAGGCAGUUUAAAUCUUAAACAAGCGAAACACAAUUCAGCAGAUGUAACCAGCAAGGGACCUACAACAUCCUUAAUAAGUAGUAAUGCAAAACAGACAAAACCACCCAAAUUUAAAUAGGUGAUGAAGUCUUUAAAGAAGAUUUGAUUGUUGCCUCAUUUUUGGACCAUUGGGAUAGUAAUAAAAAAAGGAGGGAGACUGCUAUUUAAAUAAGUGUUAUUUCUAUUUUUUUAAUUAAAGGUUACUUUUGUCCUUUUCUUCAUUCUUUGAGACUAUUUAUGCUACUUUCUUGUAUUAAGGGUUGGUUGAUUGAUAUUAGAGUUUACAUACAAUUGAAA